AUGUUGAAAGUCACCAUCCCAGCUUCGAGGACGUCACGCACGCCGUCCCCAAAGACCUCCCUGAAUGACAUGACUACCAUAGGUCAUGUCGCCUUCACAGGUCUUCAGUCCACUCUCUGCGUCAUCAAGGAUAUGGCAGGGAAUGUCGGAAUUCCCGGACUGUACGCUGGUAUCGCAGGCCUGGAGAUUAUUGUUUCUGUUAGCCAGCAAUUCUUGGCCAAUGAUGAACGGAUAUCACGUCUAUUGGAGAGGAUUAUGGGACUUGAUAUCAUGUUGCAAGGCUUCCAAGCUGGCGGGCCACUGCCGCAGCAGAUAUAUCAACGCGUAGCGAAGCUCGUGCUUUCAUGGGAAAAUGAAGCUACCAAGAUUUCUGAGCUUCGCGAUCGCGGUGGUGUUAUAAAGUGGUUCACAGCCAAAAGAGAUGGGGUCAUGCUUGAAGAGAUUCUGGACUCGAUCAAUCAGUCCAUUCAGGAUUUCCUAUUAGAAUGUGCUUUCAAUACUGAGAUAGGCGUACAUCGCUUACAACAUGAUAUCAGCGAGUUGAAAAGGUUGACCAAGCACAACCUGACGCUGCUACAAGCAAGUAAGAGUACCGGGCCGUCAAUGUCUAGCCCAAACACCGCCACGUCGGGGGAAAAUAUAAUGAAACGGCUUGAGCCAAACGACCCAGUCUUCCUGGAAGUGCAUUCGUACUUCAACGAUAGGUGGCUGCGUGACCCGGAGCUCAAACGGCCUACCAUCAAAGCGAUUUACCAGGUCUCUUCCUGGAGUGACAGGGGGUCUGGUCAUUUGCAGAAAUACUCUGCGUAUAGAUCUGAGCUUCGCAAAGCGCUCCCUAAUAACCGCCUCAUUGAGGAACCUCUGUUCCACACCCACCACGCCACUCGUCAAUGUGCCCUCGGAGACGACUUGUCCGAAACGAUCUCGCCUUGCUACAAGUCAUCUUGUUCUCUGUGCCACAUACUACGCUGCGAUUUUCGUGACGAUCUUGUGCGCAAAUCUAGCAAGUCCAUGUGGGGCUCGGGGUUCUACCUAACGACAGCAUCAAAUAAAGCGAGCUACUACUCAAGAAACGGAGACAAUCACUCUCCGAACCAGGCUGCUCUAUUAAGUAAAGUCUUGGUAGGGAUACCAAAAUUAGUAUCCGCGCGAGAUUCAAGUUUAAGGGCUCCGCCGCCUGGAACACACUCGAUCAAAGCUAUCACCAAGGAUCAGGGAGGGGAGGUCAUAUAUUCUGAACGAGUUGUCUACCGAGCAGAUGCUAUCUGCCCUUGGGUUCUGAUCUUAUACCAGUUCUAA